CCCGGGUUCCCCCGGCGGGCGCGGGCUGCGGGCGGCGACCGGCGCGGGGUGGCUCGGAGCGGGCGUCCGUGACAGGCGGCGGGAGCCGGCACCCCCUCCCCAGCGCGGCGCGCCGCCGGCUCCACCAUGGAGCCCGCCGUGUCGCUGGCGGUGUGCGCGCUGCUCUUCUUGCUCUGGGUGCGCGUGAAGGGGCUGGAGUUCGUGCUCAUCCACCAGCGCUGGGUGUUCGUGUGCCUCUUCCUCCUGCCGCUCUCGCUCAUCUUCGACAUCUACUACUACGUGCGCGCCUGGGUGGUGUUCAAGCUGAGCAGCGCGCCGCGGCUGCACGAGCAGCGCGUACGGGACAUCCAGAAGCAGGUUCGGGAAUGGAAGGAGCAGGGCAGCAAGACCUUCAUGUGCACAGGGCGCCCCGGCUGGCUCACCGUCUCACUACGCGUCGGGAAGUACAAGAAGACACACAAAAACAUCAUGAUCAACCUGAUGGACAUUCUGGAGGUGGACACCAAGAAGCAGAUUGUCCGCGUGGAGCCCUUGGUGACCAUGGGUCAGGUAACUGCCCUUCUGACUUCCAUUGGCUGGACUCUGCCUGUGCUGCCGGAGCUGGAUGACCUCACAGUGGGGGGUUUGAUCAUGGGCACGGGCAUCGAAUCAUCAUCCCACAAGUAUGGCCUGUUCCAGCAUAUCUGCACAGCCUACGAACUGGUCCUGGCCGAUGGCAGCUUUGUACGGUGCACACCGUCGGAAAACUCAGACCUGUUCUAUGCUGUGCCCUGGUCCUGUGGAACCCUGGGCUUCCUGGUAGCUGCCGAGAUUCGCAUCAUCCCUGCCAAGAAGUACGUCAAGCUGAGGUUUGAGCCCGUGAGAGGCCUGGAGGCUAUCUGCGACAAGUUCACCCGUGAGUCCCAGCGGCUGGAGAACCACUUCGUGGAAGGCCUGCUCUACUCCCUGGAUGAGGCCGUCAUCAUGACCGGGGUCCUGACGGAUGAGGCAGAGCCCAGCAAGCUGAAUAGCAUUGGCAAUUACUACAAGCCGUGGUUCUUCAAGCACGUGGAGAACUACCUGAAGACAAAUCGACAGGGCCUGGAAUACAUUCCCCUGAGACACUACUACCACCGGCACACGCGCAGCAUCUUCUGGGAACUCCAGGAUAUCAUCCCCUUCGGCAACAAUCCCAUCUUCCGCUACCUCUUCGGGUGGAUGGUGCCCCCCAAGAUCUCCCUCUUGAAGCUGACCCAAGGAGAGACACUGCGCAAGCUGUAUGAGCAGCACCACGUGGUCCAGGACAUGCUGGUGCCCAUGAAGUGCCUGCCACAGGCCCUGCAUACCUUCCAAAACGACAUCCACGUCUACCCCAUCUGGUUGUGCCCAUUCAUCCUGCCCAGCCAGCCGGGCCUGGUGCACCCGAAGGGGGAUGAGGCGGAGCUCUAUGUGGACAUCGGGGCCUAUGGGGAGCCGCGUGUCAAACACUUUGAGGCCAGAUCCUGCAUGAGGCAGUUGGAGAAGUUCGUCCGGAGUGUGCAUGGUUUCCAGAUGCUGUAUGCUGACUGCUACAUGAACCGGGAGGAGUUCUGGGAGAUGUUUGACGGCUCCCUGUACCACAAGCUGCGCAAGCAGCUCGGCUGCCAGGACGCCUUCCCCGAGGUGUACGACAAGAUCUGCAAGGCCGCCAGGCACUGAGCUGGAUCCGCCCGCAAAGAGACAGAUGAGUGGACGGACAGAUGCUGACCCUGGAGGCCUCUUCCUGCCACUCAAGCUUGGCUGCUCUCCCAGAUCCACACUUUCUGAAAGAAGCCCCUCCAGACAUCCCACCCAGACAGCCCCAACAGCUUGCCCCUGGCAUCCUGAGGCAGCCCAGUGGAGUGGAGAGGACGUGGGAUUUGGUGUUCCAUUUCCUAAUUCAGCCACUCAUAAGCUGUGUGACCCUGGGCAAAUCACUCAACCCUUCUGAGCCCGGCUCUUCAUCUGUUGAAAGGGGGCAACAGUACCUGCCUACAGGUUGCCCUUAUCUGAAUUAAGCACCUGCCACCUUAGAGGUGGUGAAUAAAUGACAGUUAUGACGAGUGCUUCCGCUCAGCCUUGCAUCUGACCCAAGUGCUUGCAUUCAGCCACUGAGCCAGAAAGGCUCCAUGUCAGGUUCCUGGCACUCAGGUUGGGCCGGAAUGAUGAAGGGGAUGCCCUGGAGUUGCACUGCCAUCACUUCAGUCCACCAGAGGAGCUCUCGCGGGAAGGAGGAAUGAGGUCUGGGGUCUCAGUGAGGUCUGGGGUCUCAGGAGGGCAGCAGCUGGGCAGAGGGGCCAAGAAGUGCUAUGCCAAAGCCGGGUCUGAUUCCAAAGUACACUCUGCCACCCCUGGGGAUGUCCUGCCCCUUCCUCCUUUGCGCUCAGGCUUGUAGGUCCACCUCCCAUGCCCAGAUAUCACCCAGGUCCCUUCAGAGGGGGCUGUGGCCCUGAAAAAGACGUUUCAGGGUUGAAUCCUGCCCCACCCCUACUCCCCAGGCCCUCUACCCAGGUGGGGUGCAUCGUUUCUGCUCUGAUUUGGGUCUGGAAGACCUGCGCUCCUUCUUGGUUCUCCAACCCUCUUGUCCUCAGAGCCCACUUAAGUCACGGUGGGGGUGCUACUCUGCUGCGGGGGAGCAGGAGCCAGUGCACACCAAGCAGAAAAUGGAGGCCACCAUUGUUAUGUUUCGUGAGGAUUCUCACUGUGGGGCUGGAAGAGCUUCAGCUUGAUUUUGUCCAACCACUCACCCCCCCACACACUUUUUUCUUUCUUCCUCCCCCACCCCCAGCUGUAGUUAAUUUCAGUGCCUUAUAAAUCCUAAGCUCAGAGAAACAUUAGCUCCGUUUCUGUCCCAGAGGGACAGGAACCUCCCUAGUCCUUCCCCAUCUAUGAAAGCUUGCUUGUUUAUGCAACUCCAUCUUAAGAACUGCCCAGAAUCAGAGAGAGAAUUGUGUCACCUGAGGGAAGUUGAAAUUAAGUUGUGCCAGACAGUGACAUCCUGAGUGUGUGCCCCACACCAGGCAUCAGGAGACGGGGUUCAGUCCCUGCUCUGUUGUCAGCGGGCUGUGCCGCCGUGGGCCAGUCGAUUGUCUCCCAGGCUUGGCACACUGCAGAGUGUUAGUUAGCAUGGUCCUGUGAGUGCCUGGCAUGCGCACUGCACUCAGAAGGCAGAGGAACCACCUUUACUCACUUGACCUCUGGAGGAGGCAUAUGAAAAAAAUAAGUAACCUCAUCUCUUGCUUGUAUGGAAGCACGUGAAUUCUGGCAUUAGUUCUCCUAAUGGGCCCAUGCGCUCCCUGCUCAGUGUUAAACUAAUGAUUCUACUUGCUGUAGAGGAACGGUUAGGCCUGGGCUAGGGUACCCCAAAGUUAAAGCUCUGUCAUUUCCCGUGGGGCUUCCAUCCCUGAGCCACUGAGACUGUGGCCAGAGAUGCAGCAUCCUCUGUCGUCCUUAGUCCUGCAAACCAAAAUCCUGCCCUCUACAGCCCCUGCAACCUGGGACUUAGAAGGGAAGGUCUUGGGGUCACACUGCCCCCAGGUUAAUGUUUUGUGCAAGUAAUACCUCGCCUGGAAAGAGGCAGUCUUCCAAGCAUGACUGGUGAGUGAGUUACCAGCUUUUUCUUUGGGGCAAGUCCAUCGUUGUCCAUCCAGGUGGUGGUCUCAGGUGGAGUUAAACUUGGCACCCAGGUUGCGGGGGUGGGAGGGUAAGUGGUGUGUGUGAAAGUAGGAGGAUAGGCCUGUCCCCUCCAGAGCCCCAAGUUUCUUGGCUGUGUGAAGGUUUUCUGUAAAAUCAGAAUUGUAGUCGGUGUCUUUGGCUGGAAGGAUACAUAAUAUAGUUGGAUAUUAAGGAAAGGGAGGGGGUGGCCAUGGGUGUGGCAAUGUAUGGUAUGUGGUUUUUAGUUUUUUCCUUGAUCAGGGGACCAAGGAGAAGGCCAUGAGUUCACCCCCACUCCCACCCCAGUAGGCUCCUGGAGCUGCAGACUUUGCGCCUAUGACCAUUCAGAAUACUUCAUGCCCCCAUGACUGUAUGACUGCUGCUUCUGUAAAAAUAAAAGUGUGAGUUGGAAGGUAGCCUUUGUCAUUUCUUGUUCUGGGGACCUAAAUAAAGGGAGAGACAGUGUGAACUGGGCUCAAGUCAGGCUCCCUCCCAUGAACAAGGGCUGAAAGACACCAUGGGGAGGGACAAGUUUACCAGGGCUGUGGGUGACCCCAUUUGGGGAUUUCUAUCACUGCCAAGGUGUGCUCUGGUAUAGGUGUUAAUGGAAUCCCCAGGUGUAAUAGUGUCUGAGAAAUCACUGCUGAACACAAAGGUUUUCUCCUGUGUGGUCUUCUAGAAGGAUAUGGUUUAGGUUUUAUAUUUAGGUUUAUGAUUCACUUUGAGUUAAUUUUUUUAUGUGAUGCAAGUCUGAUUGCAGUUUUUUGUUUUGUUGUUGGCAUAUUGACAUUUAGUAGUUCCAGCAUCAUUUGUUUAAACAAGACUGUUUGCACCUUGGCUGGAAGUGAGUUGCCCACCUAGGUGUGGAGUCUCUGUGUCUCGAUUCUCUAGUCUCUUCCUUUCAUCUACAGGUCUGUCUGGACAGCAGUUCCACACUGGGAUAAGAUAGUGUUCAUCCUCAAGUUUUAUUCCUCAUUUUCAAAGAUGUUUUAUAUUUUCAUAUAACUUUUAGGAUCAACCUAUCGACUAAAAAAAUUACUGGGAUCUUGAUUGUUAUUACAUUGACACUCUAGAUCAAUUUGGGGGAUCUCUCUCUCCCUUUAUUUAGGUCUUUAAUUUCCCUCAAUGAUAUUUUGUAGUUUCCUAUGUACAGAUUUCAUACAUCAUUUGCCAAAUUUUUACUUGUUUCAUAAUUUGGAUGCUUUUAAGGUUUUUGACUGUGUAUUGCCAGUAUAUUAAAAUAGUUGA